GGAGUUCGCUUGGUCAGACUCUCUGAAAGACCGUUACUUUUUUCUUCACUCACUCACAGCAACUUUCAACAGAGGAGCUUUUGAAGUAUGAGAAACACGUGUGCAGGAAUAAUGGAAUUAUCUUUGUGAAAGAGGAGGCACAGCUAUCCAGAGAAUAAGUGCUAACAACGAAAGUACCUUGGAUCUAAUGGCUAUGAGUUUGGAAGUGUUGGACAGUCCACGGAACUUGCAAUAUCUAUGACAGCAGACAUCUUACCACUGCUGUCAUAUGUGAGGACACCACUGCUGUUGAAUGUCAGAUAUGAGAACAUCCUGUUGUCAAUUCUGCUUGCCCAAGAUUAUGAUGUCUGCCCCAACUCAACUACGUGUGAUUAUUGAAGAGACUCAAGUUCACAAGUUGACCCUACCAAAUGGAGUCCCUAGCACUUUAGAUGAACUUUUAGAAGUUGCACAGGGUCAUUUUCAACUCCAAGGGAGCUUUACUGUUAUGUACAUGGACAAAGACUUUGAUAACCAAUUCUUCACUCUAACAUCAACAGAUGUGGUUAAGGACAAAGACACAAUCAAACUAGUUAGAAUGGACGAGUCUGUGAUUCUGACAUUGACUCCCAUCAACGAGUCAGUUGCUUCCUCUCCUCCAGUGUCACUGGAUGUGUCUUUGCAGGAUGACAAUUCUGGAAUUAGCUCAGCUGACAUCAUCAUUUUACCACAGUCCCCAGAAUGCCGAUCAGAACCAUGGCCAACUAAUUUUCAGAUACCCACCUUUUCAUACGAUGUUGAAAUGCUCCUUAAUGCAGGAAAUAAGGCUUAUGAAAGUGAUGGUUCAUUCCUUCAGAAUCCAACCAUGAACUCAAGCAUACUUGAGAAACUUGCUGACACUGUGUUCUACUACACUGCUUAUCCCACUGGCCGUCAAAGACUGGCAGUUGUAGAAGCUCUGUUAAAAAAGCAUCCAUGCCUAAGGGAGCCUGAUACCUCAUUUUCAGGCAUGUAUGGGUGGCAGCAGCGUCUUACAUACAAGAUGGCUAAUUACCGUAGCAAACUGAAAAGGCUUGAAGUACCUUGUCCUGAGCUUGAUGUCAACUCAUUGAGAAGGAAACUCCCGGGUGAGCGAAAUCCUGCAAAAAAUUGCAAGAGACCGAAGAAGGCAGAGGUGAACUACCUUCCUCCACAUCCAAGUGGAGAAACAAGCGACAGUCUGGAGAUGGAAAGACAGGAACUUCUUAAUGAGGUAAAGAAGAGUAACAACACCAAGGUGAUUCAAGAGAAAAUGGCCAAAACAUUCUCGAUUCGAAGGCUUAAGAUUGUGAGUGAAAGUCCAGCUGCUGAUGACUUCAGAGAGAGAUGGCCUGCUUUGUUGACCUGUUCCAUUGGGCACUAACAAUGUUUCUAUAAUAAAUAUAAUUCCACCAUGAAUAUCUAUAAGAUCAAGGAGGAAUUCAGGAGAAUAACCACAAUGUCCCUGGAGCAGAGCUAAGGCCAAGGGAGGUGUUUCGGGACCACGCUGAGACUGUUCUUGUACAGACUAAGUCAGAGUCCUGACCUCAACCCAGGAGAACACCUUUGGGAGGAAUUAGAGCGCAGACUGAGAGACUGUCUCCUCAUCCAACAUCAGUGUGUGACCUCACAAAUGCGCUUCUGGAAGAAUGGUCAAAAAAUCCCAUAAACACACUCCUAAACCUUGUGGAGCCUUUCCAGAAGAGUUGAAGCUGUUAUAGCUGCAAAGAGUGGACUGACGUCAUAUUAAACCCUAUGGAUUAAGAAUGGGAUGUCACUUAAGUUCAUGCGCAUCAAGGCAGAACCAAAGCAUUGAGGAGAAACGUGACACUGUUAUCCGCAGCCUCAUUGUGUACCUGGGUGAGAAAGUGGAGGACCUUUUUGAAGAUUGCCAGGAGGACUGCCGCAGUGAUGCCAGGCAACAUGUCCUCAAAAUCCUGGUGGUUCAUGGUGCAGAGGAUCCAGCUGAUGUGGCCAUCGUUGUUGAAGGAAAGGAGAUGAUCGAAGGAUGUGGAUGCACCGCAAAAGCGUGCGCAUUGCUUAUGGGACUCAUUUAUGCCCUCAACCUUGCAUAUCCGCCAGCACUUCGAUACACUUUAAGUUUUCCAAAAACUUUUCUUGGAUUUGGAUGGCAUUAAGCUGUCCCCAAAAAUACAAGCUUUAAAGUUGAAAUUGCUGGCUUAAAUGCUUUCACCAGAUCACCAUCUCAACCAGUUGUUGGAAGUUUUUGUCAAAUGCUUUUGACUUCCCGUUAAGUUGUGUUAUGUUGUAUGUUGUGUGUUUGUCUUUGAGAGCAAGUUGACACAACCACAUCUUUGCAAUAUUUGCCGACAAAUUGAGUGUUUUAUCUUUGAUAUGUUGUAAUACUUGGAGACAAAAACAUUGGGUAGGAGUGGCAUUGAUUGUUAAUUUUACUAAUGGUAAAACAUACUGUCCUUUUAGGAUUCUGGUUGUGUUAGCUCUGUUGCUGUAAAACUUCACCUCUUGUUGUUGUUUUUUUUCCUUGUGAUAUUCUCAUUUAUAUUUUAUGCCUUAAACAUGGGUUAAACAUUUUGACAGGCAGUAUGUAUGGUCACCAGUGAUAUUUUAGUUAUUAAAAAAAAAUGGUGAAGAAAAGCAGUCAUUUGAAUGAGCAUUCAACAGUGUUUUAUUUUUUCAAUACAGCAAACACAUCAGUGGGUACAUGCCGUGUUGAGUUUCAGUGAUGACUGCCCACAACAUUUUUUGUUGCUCCCCGCCCCAACGUUAAGUUCAUAUAAUGUGUGAACAUUGUGAGCAUGGCUGUUCUGACAAAAUAAACAGUUAAUUGCA